AGAUCAAAGGUUGCCAGGCCCUGGCACCGUGGGACUUCAUCAUCCUGGGUUCCCCUGUCUCUCGGAAUGUUUUACUGAUAACAGUAGUUGAGCUGAGAAGAUCCGUGCUCAUCCUAUGCGUUUCAGCACCAUUCAGAAGGCUAGGUGGCUAACAAACAUUGCCUGAGAGAAUCUUCUAUUAAGUAAAGGUGUUGGAGAGUUGACCUAACUCGACAAAAUCAUCCUAAAAUUCAUAUGGAUGUCAAGGGAGGCUGAUUAUCCAAAACAAGAAAAGGAGUCCAUUCAUUCUCCAUAUUUUAUGUAUAACUUCCUAAUUAAAAUGCCGAGAAUAUACUUCUUAAGAGAGGAUGGCAGAGCAAUGGGGGCUGCGCAAAUAAUUAUUGCUCUGAUUCAAUGUGCCCUGGGGGUUCUCUGUUUUCGUCUGUUUCUCCAAGAGGAGAAUAUACCAGAAACCGGUUAUGUCCCCGUACCUGUUACCCUCAUUUACAUAUUUUGGACAGUACCAUUUUUCAUCAACUCGGGAUCCACCAGCGUGGAAGCACAGAGGCACCCUACACGACGUUUGUUUGUUGCUGCCAUUAUUAUGAACAUCAUAAGUUUCUGCUUUGCUACUAUUGGCACAGCUAUAUUAACUCUUGCAUGUUUAACUUACCAGUCAAAAAGUAAUGACUAUGUUUGGUCACAGAUGGCUGGUAGUAUGCUUUUACAAUUUUUACUCUUCAGUGCCAUCUCAGAAAUGAUAAUUGCAGGCUUACUUAUCAGCUGGAUUGUGAAAGCAUUGCAACAUACAGAAUAUGAUGAAGAGAGUUUCUCACUGUCGGGAUGCCACACCUCCAUCACUUCAUAAUUUACAAAGAACUGGUGUGACUCCAUUCAAGAACAAAAGAUUAAUUGUGAAUUAGUGAAGAAUUGUAAUUUUUUUUCAAGCAACCUCAUGAGAAAUGCAUUCUAAUGAAGUCCUUUCUGGUACACCUUUUUCUUCAAUAAAGAGUGCAAUUUGACCACA